GUUUCGCUCCUCAUUCACUCCUCUCUUCUCCAGUUUUAGUGUUCUGCUGGCCCAACUAACCGAACUCAAAGAACUACUACUUACACAUACUCCAAAGCCAAAUUCCAGGCCCUUUAAAACCUAUCCCACAGAAAACCACACCCACGCCUACAGCAACCACCAAGGUGACCUUUUCUCCUUGCUCAUCAUUCGUCAAAUUAGAAGACUUAAAAAUACCUGAGACGGGAGACGGAACGGGGCCUUGUUCGUAAGAAUUUAGGACGACAACGACAAAAUCGGAUCCAGCUGCUUGGUGGAUUUAUAUAAGGGUCGUCUUUCGUCAAUCAUAUUGCUCAGAAGAGAAAAUGUACUGUUGAUAUAAGUGUCCGGGGUUGAGAAGAAAGUUUUAAGUAGAAACUAAGCAGAUAGAUCGAUAAGAUGGCUGUGGAUCAGGAAAUUCAGCAGUUGGAGUUACUCUGCAAGCAUUUGUAUGAGUCUAGUGAUCCAAUCCAGCGACAAGAGGCUGAGAAGACGCUUGUAGAAUUCCAAAAUUCCCCAGACUCGUUGGUGCGAUGUCAAUUGCUGUUGGAACGAGCUACUUCCUCAUACGCACAACUUCUGGCAGCGACAACCCUGACCAAACUGGUCUCACGACCGACUCAAAUAAUCUCUUUGCAACAGAGAAUUCAAAUUCGUAACUACAUUCUGUCGUAUUUGGUGACCCGGGUUAAAUUGGAUGCUUAUGUGAUUCAAUCCCUUGCCACACUUUUUGCUAGGAUUACUAAACUUGGAUGGUUUGACAUGGACAAAGAAGAAUUUGUAUUUCGUAAUGUGAUUAACGACGCUAGCACUUUUCUCCAGGGUUCUGUCGAACACUGUACGAUAGGAGUUCAGUUGUUGUCUGUAUUAACUAGCGAAAUGAACCAAGUUUCUGAAGCGGACGCGAACCGCUCCUUGACUAAGCACAGGAAAAUCGCGUCAUCCUUUCGGGACCAACAACUUUUUGAAAUAUUUCGUCUCUGUUGCACCUUACUUAAGUCUGCCAUUGACAACAGUAAAACUCUGGUGUUGGAAGGAGAGUUACAGCAAGCCUUAAUGAGUCAACUCUUGCGGUUAGCUCACAAUUGUCUCACAUUUGAUUUUAUUGGAACAUCCACCGACGAAUCGUCAGAUGACCUAUGCACGGUUCAAAUUCCUACAAACUGGCGUCCAGCUUUCCUCGAUUUCACAACACUGCAACUCUUUUUUGAUUUGUAUCACACUCUUCCUCCAUCUCUUUCUUCAAUGGCUUUAUCCUGUCUUGUACAAAUUGCUUCAGUCAGAAGAUCAUUAUUUAGUAAUGCAGAGAGAGCAAAAUUUCUCACCCAACUCGUUAAUGGGGUGAAACACAUACUACAAAACCCUCACGGAUUAAGUGACACAAACAAUUAUCACGAAUUUUGUAGACUGCUAGCUCGUCUCAAAUCUAAUUAUCAGCUAGGAGAGUUGGUCCUUGUUGAAACUUACGCCGACACUAUUGCUCUCAUUGCCAAGUUUACCAUUGACAGUUUGCGGCAAAUGCUGCAAGUUGCACCCAACAGCGUUCAUUACCUUCUAAGUUUAUGGCAACGAAUGGUAGCUUCUGUCCCGUAUGUGAAAGCAACGGAGCCUCAUAUGUUGGAAACAUACACACCAGAAGUGACCAGAGCCUACGUUACGUCCAGAAUUGAUUCAGUGGCAGUUUGUAUCAGGGAAGGGACGGAAGACCCACUGGAAGACACAUCAAUUGUAACACAGCAGUUGGAACAACUCUCAGUAAUAGGACGGUGCGAGUACCAGAAAACUUGCAGUUUGAUAGUGCAACUCUUUGACCAAGCAGCACAAAGUUAUCAGGAAAUGGUUCAAAGACGAACACCUCCCACUCCGGUUGAUCUCGCAAUUCAAGAAGGGCAACUGACUUGGUUGGUUUACAUUAUUGGUGCCGCAAUUGGGGGUCGUGUAUCUUUCAAUACAAACGAAGAACAUGAUAGCAUGGAUGGUGAAUUGGUGUGUCGAGUUUUGCAGUUGAUGCAACUAACAGAUUCGCGUCUUAGCCAAAGUGGAUGUGAAAGGCUGGAAUCGGGUUACCUCUCGUUUUUUGAACAGUUUAGAAAGAUAUACGUCGGAGACCAAGUUCAAAAAGCUUCAAAGGUUUACCGACGACUCUCUGAAGUUUUAGGGCUAACUGAUGAAACGAUGGUUUUAAGCGUUUUUAUACGAAAAAUCAUUACCAACUUGAAGUAUUGGAGUCGCUGUGAACAAAUUUUAUCUAAAACUCUCACCUUGUUGAAUGACCUGUCUGUGGGAUACAACAGCGUGCGUAAACUAGUCAAAUUGGACGAAGUCCAAUUCAUGCUGAAUAAUCACACUGGAGAGCACUUUCCAUUUUUGGGUCUCAAUCAAAACGUGAACGACUUACGUUUUAGAACUGUAUUUUACACAGCUCUUGGUCGACUGCUUAUGGUGGAUCUGGGAGAAGACGAAGACAAAUUUCAUACCUUCAUGGUGCCUUUAACUUCUCAAUUAGAAAGCGUUGGCCAGCUUUUAGCAAAUGCAGAGACGGCAAUGUUUAGAUCGGAGGAAGCCAAAUGGACAAUAGUUGGAAUUGCUAGAGACCUCCGAGGAAUCGUAUUUGCCUUUAAUACAAGAACUUCCUACAUGAUGUUCUACGACUGGAUAUAUCCUGCCUAUAGUCCGAUACUACAACGAGCCGUAGAGCUUUGGUAUCACGACCCCCAUGUCACAACCCCAGUGUUAAAACUAUUUGCUGAAUUAUGCCAAAAUCGUUCGCAACGUCUCCAGUUUGACGUGUGCUCACCAAAUGGAAUUCUCCUUUUUAGAGAAGCCAGUAAAAUGAUGUGCAACUAUGGGAAUCGAAUUCUUGCCGUUGACGUCCCAAAAACUCAACUCUACCCCUUAAAACUUAAAGGAAUAUCCAUUUGUUUUCUAAUGCUGAAAGCAGCUCUAUGUGGAAACUAUGUAAAUUUUGGAGUUUUCCGGUUGUAUGGCGACGAAGCAUUGGAUAAUGUUCUCAACUGCUUUGUCAAGCUACUAUUGUCUAUACCAUUAUCUGACUUAAUGGACUUUCCAAAGUUAUCUCAAACCUAUUAUGUGUUAUUGGAAUGUGUGGCUCAGGAUCACAUGAACUUCCUUGCCUCAUUGGACCCCAGCAUGUUUCUCUACAUUCUUCAGUCUAUAUCUGAGGGCCUUGCUGCACUUGGUAACACCUACAUGUUGCACAAAAUGAUUGAAUGGGGUAAACUAGGUUUUGUUCCGAAAUCCUUAGACACUAUGGUCUGCGCUGGUUGUUGUGCAACGCUGGACCAUAUAGUCACAUAUUUAUUUAAACAGUGGACCCUUAAAAACAAGAAAAUUCCUCGUGUCAUGCCCAUGACAAACAAUGAGCGUGUUCUGCAGAUUGUGGAACAACAUCCAGAAAUUCUGCAGCAAAUGCUCGCAACUGUAUUAAAUAUUGUGAUGUUUGAAGACUGUCGAAAUCAGUGGUCAAUGUCAAGACCGCUGCUUGGCCUCAUUUUACUGAACGAAGAAUAUUUUGGACAGUUAAGAGAAACUGUGAUUCGCAACCAACCCGUAGAGAAACAAGCUUCCAUGGCUGCAUGGUUCGAAAGUCUAAUGGACGGCAUCGAAAGAAACUUAUUGACCAAAAAUCGUGACCGGUUCACACAAAAUCUAACGGUAUUCCGACGGGACAUAAACGAGUCAUUGAAGGGACCCAAUACCACUGUUAAUGUUAGUGACAUGAUGACCUGCUGAAUAUGGCUGGGGGUUUCUGGUGUAUGUGAGAGAGAAAGUGCUCUUUGAAUACAUUGAUUUAUUGCAUGUUUGUGGCAACUACUAUCAUUUGAUUAUGAAAUUGUACAAGUUUUAUAAAAAUUUACAAUGGAAACGAAUACUUUUCAAUACACUAGAUUGAAUAAUGAA